UCUGUCAAAGCGUUGGGCAACUAAUUGAUAGUUUUUUCCCAACUCAACAUUUGACAUUCCUGCAGUCUCUUCUUCUUCCCUAUAUAUACCACAGUUCAAGUAACGGGUAGAGACACACAACUAAACAGUGAACAUUCUCUCGCUUAAUUUCAGUACGAUGGCCGCUCCCAUUUCCUUCUAUCUACAAAUCCUCUGCUUCGCCCUCGCAAUUGUCGGAACACGUGCCCAGGGGGGCACCUGGGAAGUCAUUGUGCCAGACGCUGGCAUCGCCGCCAUGCACGCCGCCGUCACACAUUGGAACACCGUAGUCCUCCUCGACCGGACGGACACCGGCGCGUCCAAUUUAUCGCUCCCAGUCGUUAACGGCGUCCAGCAAUGCCGCAACGACCCGAACGACCUGGCUUUAACGACCGAUUGCACCGCCCACUCUGCUCUCCUCGACCUCAAAACCAACACAAUCCGUCCCCUCACGAUCCAAACCGACACGUGGUGCUCCUCGGGCCAAUUCCUCUCUGACGGCACCCUCCUCCAAUCUGGCGGCUGGAACGACGGCAACACCAAGUUCCGAACAUUCGUCCCUUGCAUAAACACUGGCUCCUGCGAUUGGGUUGAGCUUUCAAAUGCCACGUUGUCCCAAGGGCGUUGGUAUGCUACGAAUCAGAUACUCCCCGACGGUACUAUCAUAAUAGUCGGGGGGAUCAGCGUCAGCAGCUUGGAGUAUUACCCACCGACAGGCAACGGCGCGGUCAAUUUCCCGUUCAUUGGCAAUGUGGCAGACAACGAAGGAGAUAACCUGUAUCCCUACGUUCACCUUCUCCCCAGCGGAGAUCUGUUUAUAUUUGCUAACACUCAAGCCGUGCUAUACGAUUACAAUGCAAACAAGAUUGUGACAACUUAUCCUCAGCUGUCGGGGGGCCCACGUAACUAUCCGUCUGCAGGAUCCUCUGUCAUGCUGGCAUUGGAAGGGAACUAUUCCACAGCAACUAUCGUCAUUUGCGGUGGGGCCCAAUACGACGCCUACCAGAAUAAUAGUGUGAAUCUACCGGCCCAAAAUAGUUGUGGGCGGAUCGUGCCAACUAAUUCCGUACCUACUUGGGAGAUGGAUACCAUGCCGCUUGAUCGGAACAUGGGAGAAAUGGUGAUGCUACCAACAGGAGACGUUGUAAUCAUCAACGGGGCUCAAGCAGGGUCGCAAGGGUUUGGAUUGGCAACUAACCCGUGUUUGAACCCAUUUCUAUACAAACCCGACCAACCUUUGGGCUCUCGCUUUACGACCCUAAACCCCACUACAAUUCCUAGAAUGUACCACUCGACCGCAAAUUUAUUGCCCGACGGGAGAAUUUUGGUUGCUGGAAGUAACACGCAUUGGGCAUACACGUGGGUUCAGCCUUUCCCCACGGAAUUGAGAAUUGAGGCGUUCUCACCAGAUUAUUUAUCAGCAGGCAACUCGGAUUUGAGGCCAGUGAUAGCAAAGGCGCCAAAGUCGGUGCAAUAUGGGUCGACGCUUUACAAUGUGUAUGUAACGGUGCCGUCAACCGCAACGGGAAAUUGGGAGGUGAAUUUUGCAAGUGCGCCUUACUCCACGCAUUCGUUUUCACAGGGGCAGAGAUUAGUAAAGAUGAAUAUCGCCCGCCCUGUUACGGAAUCUAAUGGACAGUAUAGGAUUGUGUUUCAGGCUCCACCCAAUGCGAAGGUGGUGCCGCCAGGGUAUUAUAUGAUGUUUGUGGUUAACGAGGGAGUGCCAAGUGUUGCUGUUUGGGUCCCUAUCUCCUAAUUUCCAAAUGUUGGUUUUUAUUUGUUUCUUUUAAUGAAAACUUAUUUAUGUUGUCUGUUACAUUAUGUUUUAUAAAAAAAUUCCUGAAAGUGUUCAUUAAACACGUUUGUUGUCAAGAUUUGAUUUUCUUCAUGUAUAAGCAAAACGAUAAAGAAAAGUGGUACUUGUCCAAUUCUUUUUGUUUCGUUGCUA